AUGGUAGAUUCGACAAAUUUUAUCAUCGUUGAUAACCGAAGUGAGAACAAGUCAAUUAGUGCAUCGUGUGAUCUAGUGUUGGACAAAAAUGGAAAUUCAAUUUUUAAAUCUUAUAAUGCUCUUUACAAAUUAACUUACAAGCACAUUUACAAAUACAAAAGGAUAACGUGCAUCAGCACCGAUGUGAUUUUUAAUGAGAAUGGGGGUGCGUACACGCCGCUGUACCACUACUACUAUGAGGACGUGAGCAGCCCCUGCUCGAGUCGGCGCGGAGGGGUCGACGCGGGGGCGCAGACCGAGGCUGACGAACCAAGCGGGGAGGUAAAGGAACAGCCAGCAGAACAGCCCGAAAAGCACUCCAUAGAAGAGCACGCGGAACAGCCCGUAGAACAGCCCGCAGAACUGAGUGACUCCGAGGCCGACGUGGACGAAGCCACCUACAACGAACGCGCGCCGAAGCAAAAGUGCCUCAAGUACUCCCUGUACGAGCUGCUGCUGCUGCGAUUUUUGGAAGUAAAGGGCGACGCCCACACCACCAACCCGGAAGAAGCCAACACAAGUGAAUUCUGCUUCAUCAAGGAAAAUAAAAAUAACAAGCCUCCUCUGAACAAAUUUAACCAAGACAGGUUUGCUCUGAACAACCCCAUGCAUGUCAUGACCCCAGGGUAUGCCUCCAACUAUGGCAACCAUGUUAAUUUCCCUAGCUACUCCAAUUUUGGGGGUCUACUAAACACCACUUCCAUUAACCCUAAUGGGGGAGGCAUCAUCCCAAAUUAUGUUAAAGUAAGACCUUCAUUUAAUGAACAAUACUACAAGAACAAUAAGCACCAACAAGGCUAUACGCCGCACAUGGUAAACAGCUUUAACAUUAGGUCUUUUAAAAAUGUAGAUAAUAAUUCAUACCACUUGCCUGAGAAUAAUUUGUUCAUUGACAAUGAGGGGAAAAUGCACCUAACUGGACAAGAAUAUAUCAUGACCAACCAGAACCACUUCCACAACAAGAUGGGCAUGAACAAUAAAUACGACAAGGAAAAGAGAGCGUUUCAUUUUUCUAAUGCAGGGGAGGUAGGCGGUGGUAGGGAUACCUCGCUGAUGCACGAUUUGUCGAUGGGGCAGGAACAGUCCACACCAUUUGAUCACCUCCGUCCACAUGACCACUCUGAAAAAAAAAAAAACCCAGCCAGUGAAGCGGAUCGAUAUUGGGAUCACCCUUCACAUUACGCCAAGAGAAACAACAAUGACAUAUUCACCCUGGGUGAUAUAAAAAAGUUUUGGAAGAAUAAUGAGAAGGCAAAGAAUCAGAAUUUCACCGACCAAAACAACUACAGCAUUUUUAAGGACAAUGAUGAGGAGGAGAAUCUUACCAAAAGCAAUUUCGCCCGAUGGUUUAAAAAUAAUAAUGCUAGUAAUCAGGAGGAGCCUGUGGACAUUUUGGCCUACGUCAAUGGUAAUAAUUCUAGCGGUGUGGAUAUUGGGGAAGGGAAAAAUGGCCCGAGGGACCUUGGCUCCGCGACCAGAGUGAGCAGGAACUACGAAGGCGGCCCCAUUGGCAACGUGGGCAGCAUUGGCAGCGUUGGCGGCGGUGCGAACUGGGGAAGUGGCGCCAAGGCGGAUGAUGGCGCAUUGGGCGCACACCCCCUGGGGGCCACGCAGACCGAUCAGCCCCAAAUAAGCAGCACCGUAGCGGAGCUCCUAAUGAAGCAAAUUUCAAUAUUAAAAGAGAGAAGUGGCUCGGAUUACGCAGACAACAGGGUUCGUGGGGAUGACCCAUUCGAUAACACCUGGCAUGGCAAUAACAGCAACGUGGGUAUGAGUCACCUUACCAGCUUGGCAAGUUUGAAUCACGUUGGUGCAAAUGUCAACCACCAUAUUGGGAGUGGGCAUAAAGAACUCCACCCAAGAGAUGGGGGAAAAGGUCUCCUAGACAUUUUCAGAUCGAGUAACUCUAAUAGAAUAACGAAUGACUCCCCAUGCUUCCACCUUCCUCGUCACGGAAGCCGUGGAAACAGCACAAACAACAAUUUGGCUAGCCUUGCCAAUGCCUCCAACAUGGCUAAUAUUGCAAAUAUGGUUAACCUGGCCAACCUAGCAAAUAUAACUAGUAACGAACAGUAUAAUAGGAGACACCAGAAACACUACGCUGAAGACAACACCUUGAUCUAUGGUAACCUCGUGGCAGACGCCGUCCAUAAUGAUGGCCUCAACAGAAGCAAUAAUGAUUUGAAUAAUUUGGAUGGCAUCCUUAUCAACAGGAGAUCAUCUCACCCCUUUUUUCAACACAACGGAAGCAAGGUUAAAACGAAUUCACCAAAUAACACCCUGGGCAAAAAAAUUCACAACGCUCAACAUUUUGCUCCAUUUAAUAGUACCAACCAAGAAGCAGUUAGAAAUCAGACCACUGCUCCACAAGGCAACAUAAAUAUAACUCCCAUUAUCAACUCGUUACUGCGUCUAGAUAAUGAUCAUGCACAGGGGGACAACAGCGGCAGUGUGGCCUACAAUGUGGAAGAGAACUCCAUUCCGGAGAGUAUUAAAAAUGCCAAGGUGAACAAUGUCUUGGACUCCCUCAAGUCCCUCUUGAAGGCUUCAAGGAAUGGAACCCCCAGUGGGGCCAACAACGAUAUGAGCGCCAUGCCCAGUCUGGGCAGUGUGGGUAGUGUAGGCAGCAUGGGAGGACUUCCCCUCGGCGGGAAUAGCAAACAUUUCGGCGGCGCCAAGGGUGGACACCACAAAAACGCAAACUACCACGCGCAACAAAUGUACCCACCACAACACAUGCACCAGCACUGCACACCACCAAUGCAAGAUUUUUAUAAAAAAAAAUUCACAAAGAAAGACAGCAUGAAAUAUAACUUCAAGCACGCGGACGUGGACAUCACCACCAAUGAAACUAUUAUGGUACAACGCAAGGAUGAAAGAAAAAGGAAAACAUGA